CGCUUCGCCAUGACUGCAUCUUCAAUUGAGCUGCGGCGCUCGCAGCCGACGUCUCCUGAUAUUGGGGGCUUGACGGGCUCGGAGGAGGAGGCACUUGGCAAACAUGAAUUCUCUCUGCCCAGGGUAGAUGGCGGAAAAGAUGCGUGGCUCUUCCUCGCCGCUUGUUUCACGGUCGAGGCCCUGACGUGGGGGUUCCCGUUCGCUUUUGGAGUUUUCCAGGAUUAUUACAGCACGCAUGAGCCAUUCGCGGGGUCUUCCCAAAUCGCCGUCAUCGGCACAUGCGCGAUGGGAAUCAUGUAUCUCGGUCUUCCAUUCGUCAUGUUGGUCCAGAGACUGUACCCCAGGCAGACGAGGUGGUCCCCGAUUAUUGGCCUCUUCAUCAUGUGCGUGGCGCUGGCUGGGAGCUCCUUUGCGCAAAACACAACACACCUCAUUGCCACCCAGGGAGUCGUGUACGCUAUAGGCGGGUCGAUAUCAUACUGCCCUUGCAUAUUGUACAUGGAUGAAUGGUUCGUGAAGCGUAAAGGCUUCGCAUACGGCGUCAUGUGGUCUGGAACAGGGUUGGCGGGCUUCGCUCUACCACUACUCUUUGAAGCUCUCCUGGGCCGCUAUGGAUUUCGCACCACUCUGCGGGUUUGGUCGCUCGCAUUGUUCAUCUUGACCCUGCCGCUCGCCUACUUCAUCAGGCCGCGGCUGCCGUACUCGACUACGAGGCACGUCAAUCCAUUGAAGCUGAGCUUCACCUUCAGCCGGACCUUUAUGCUUCACCAAGCGGCCAACAUUUGCCAGUCGCUGGGUUUCUUCAUGCCUAGCAUCUACCUCCCGUCGUAUGCACGCGCCGCGUUGGGAGUCAGCACGGUCAAGUCGGCUCUGACAGUCUUGCUCGUCAAUGUCGCGUCCGUCUUUGGCUGCGUGGCCAUGGGGCUGCUCACAGACAAAGUCGACGUCACGACGUGCUUCAUGCUGUCGGCCGUGGGCGCUGGCAUCGGCACGUUCCUCCUCUGGGGCUUCUCGUGCAACCUUCCGGUUCUGUACAUCUUCUGCAUCGUGUACGGGUUCUUUGCCGGAUCCUACACCACCGCAUGGCCGGGCAUCAUGCGACUGGUCACGUCCGGCCAGGACUCGCGCGAAAGCCCUCGUACCGGGAGCGGCAGCUCGUUUGACCCCGCCAUGGUUCUAGGUGUGCUAUCCGCUGGAAGAGGCAUAGGAAAUCUCGUGUCCGGACCCCUAAGUGCCGUGCUACUCCGGGGAAUGCCGUGGCAGGGGCAUGCGGCCGGAGGAUAUGGAACGGGGUAUGGAACCCUGAUCGUGUUCACGGGAACGACGGCCUUGGCCGGUGGGGCGACGUACUUGUGGAAGAGAGUCGGUUGGAUGUAGGCGGAGUCGUGUUGAGGAGAUGCGGUGAUGUGGUGAUAUCAUCGUCGGGGAGUCUAAAAGUCAUUCCAUCAAUGCUCGCCACUGCGCCAGGCGAAAUGGGGUAGGGUCGAUCGACGCUUUGGCAAUUUACAUCUGUCAUUGUUUACUCCGUACGCGUACCAAAAACCGACUGCUACUCGGCAUUUCCCGCUAUUAAUAGGACAGAGGCAACUUACUUGCCUGAAUUCAACGUGGCGCGACAUGAAUAUGCCCUCGGCACGAGCCUAUACGUUGCGGUGGUCGCCGUUCAUUCUACGCUGCUCUUCGACUGCAAUUAAUUAGGGCUGAGGCUGUGAAAACUAUUUGCUGCCAGCUCCCUCCGGCGGUCUGCGAGGCUGGCUGCUUGUCUCGAAU